GGUUUAUAUACACGCGGGCGGGGAUAGUGUUUACAUUAUCGUGGUGCUGCCCGGGUCGAGAGGAGCGAGCUACAGCAAACACUAAGCGAAAUGUCGCGCGAUCCCGCAACAGACCAACUGGUGAACUACAAGAAGGGCAUUAAGUCAGAAGAAGACCAGGGGAAAAUCACAACAGGCAGUGGUAAUCCUGUUGACAGCCAUACAGCCAGCUUAACAGCAGGUCCAAAAGGACCUAUUCUACUGCAAGACUUUACGCUUAUUGAUGAACUUGCCCACUUCGAUCGUGAACGCAUCCCAGAAAGAGUUGUACAUGCCAAGGGUGCAGGUGCAUUUGGGUACUUUGAAGUUACACAUGAUAUUUCAGCUUACUGUAAGGCAAAAAUAUUUUCUGAAAUUGGAAAGAGGACACCAUUAGCUGUAAGGUUCUCCACUGUGGGAGGUGAGAGUGGGUCAGCUGAUACUGUAAGGGAUCCCCGUGGAUUUGCAGUCAAGUUUUACACUGAAGAAGGUAUUUGGGAUUUGGUGGGCAACAACACCCCCAUCUUCUUCAUAAGAGACCCAAUAUUUUUCCCGGUCUUUAUACACACUCAGAAGAGGAAUCCAGAAACUCAUCUGAAGGAUGUUGACAUGUUUUGGGACUUCAUAACACUUAGACCAGAGAGCACCCAUCAGGUCAUGUUCCUCUUCUCUGACAGAGGAAUCCCAGAUGGAUAUCGCCACAUGAAUGGCUAUGGUUCACACACGUUCAAGUUGGUCAAUGCCAAGAAUGAAGCUGUUUAUUGCAAAUUCCAUUAUAAGACGGAUCAAAAAAUAAAAAAUCUUCCAGCAAAACAGGCUGGUGAUCUAUCUGGAAGUGACCCUGAUUAUUCAAUCAGGGAUCUCUACAAUGCUAUUGCAACAGGAAACCAUCCGUCGUGGACUAUGUACAUACAAGUCAUGAUGUUUAAGCAGGCUGAGAACUGGAAAUUCAAUCCGUUUGAUCUCACUAAGGUUUGGCCACACGACGAGUUUCCACUCAUCCCAGUGGGCAAAAUUGUGCUGAAUCGCAACCCCAAAAAUUAUUUUGCAGAGGUGGAACAGAUAGCUUUUAGUCCUGCCCAUAUGGUUCCAGGAAUUGAGCCUAGCCCUGACAAAAUGCUGCAGGGAAGACUGUUUUCUUAUUCUGACACUCACAGACACCGUUUGGGACCUAACUAUUUGCAACUGCCUGUGAACUGUCCUUAUCGCUCAAAGAUUGCAAACUACCAACGUGAUGGGCCACAAGCUCUUUACAAUCAAGAUGGUGCUCCAAACUACUUUCCAAACAGUUUUGGGGGACCCAUUGAAGUUCCAAGUGUUGGUCUUUCGAAGUUUACAACAGUUGGAGAUGUCCAAAGGUACAACACAGAUGAUGAUGACAAUGUAUCUCAACCAGCUGUCUUCUGGAAGAAGACAUUAAAUGAACAAGAACGCCAGCGUCUUGUUGACAACAUAGUGGACCACUUGAGACAUGCUGUAGGAUUCAUUCAGGAGAGAGCAGUCAAAAAUUUUGCUAAAGUUGAUGCUGAAUUUGGGAAAAGACUUCUGGAGGGUCUUCGCAAACACGGCCAAGGCAAUUUCCAGGCCAAUCUGUAAAUAAACAUAAUUUACAGUGUUAAAAGAUUUGGUGUGCAGUGGCUUCAGAGUAUUAAUACUUUGUUCAGGGGACCACAGACUGCAACUACUGGCCAUUUUAGAUGUAAUCAUUUUUCUUUAUUUAGCAAAGAAUAUCUACAAUUGUAAUUUGAAUAGAGUUGUGGUUAAAAAAAUUUCCACAUGUAAUUUGUACUUUUACACAAUAAAUAGGCAGUAUACAUUA